CAUGUCCGGCGGGCCGCGCCGCCCGGGCGCGGCGGAGCCGGACGGGCCGCGCAGUUCUGUGCAACAUCCACACUGCUGGCAUCAAGAGCAGGACCGUAGAAGCUGCAAUGAUUCCGAUUCUCUGGUGGUUGAAGAAUAUCAGUGUGGCCAUUCUGACCACUGGCUGGAGAGCUCUACAGCAUCAGAACAUUCCAGGCCUCUUUCCAGUUGCCCCAGCUGGGAGGGUAGAACUGAAGAAGGCAAGACAAUGAGAGCAUCACAUAAAAAAAUGACAAAUUCUGUUUCAAGCAACUCUACCAAUCCAGCUGAAAGGGAAACUGAUGAGGUGGUCCUGAGGAGAAGACAAAAACAGAUCAAUUUUGGCAAGAAUACCCUUGCAUAUGACAGAUAUAUUAAAGAAGUUCCAAAGAGCCAGCGACUUCCAGGAGUUCACCCUACAACUCCCAACAAGUUUAAGAAGUACAGCCGUAGGUCCUGGGACCAGCAGAUCAAGCUGUGGAAGAUAGCACUGCAUGCCUGGGAUCCUCCUGCUGAAGAAACCUGGGAUCUGCAGCCCGUUAGUACCGAAACUUCAGGUAGUUCUCAGGAAUGGUUGUGCAAAGAUGAGGAUGUUCCUGGCUCCUUUGUGUUUGAUGAAAAGCAGACAAGAAAUGAGUGUGGAGAUGAAUGCAGACAGACUGCCCACACACCUGAGAGUUCCUGUUCUCCCAAUUCUUCUCCAGUAUGGAAACGCAGAAGAAGAAACAAUUCUGACUCCUCUGUGGUUUCAGAGAGCAAAAACCAUUAUCUGCAGAUGUACCACACACUGGAAAGCCUUACUGACUCAGGACAUCAGGACGGUUUUUCAAAAUGCUCAGAGUGGGAAGCCUUUGGUGAAAAAGAUGAAGUAAUGACAGUACAACAAAGUAUAGAAAUAACAAGUUCUGUGCAACAUCCACACUGCUGGCAUCAAGAGCAGGACCAUAGAAGCUGCAAUGAUUCCAAUUCUCUGGUGGUUGAAGAAUAUCAGUGUGGCCAUUCUGACCACUGGCUGGAGAGCUCUACAGCAUCAGAACAUUCCAGGCCUCUUUCCAGUUGCCCCAGCUGGGAGGGUAGAACUGAAGAAGGCAAGACAAUGAGAGCAUCACAUAAAAAAAUGACAAAUUCUGUUUCAAGCAACUCUACCAAUCCAGCUGAAAGGGAAACUGAUGAGGUGGUCCUGAGGAGAAGACAAAAACAGAUCAAUUUUGGCAAGAAUACCCUUGCAUAUGACAGAUAUAUUAAAGAAGUUCCAAAGAGCCAGCGACUUCCAGGAGUUCACCCUACAACUCCCAACAAGUUUAAGAAGUACAGCCGUAGGUCCUGGGACCAGCAGAUCAAGCUGUGGAAGAUAGCACUGCAUGCCUGGGAUCCUCCUGCUGAAGAAACCUGGGAUCUGCAGCCCGUUAGUACCGAAACUUCAGGUAGUUCCCAGGAAUGGUUGUGCAAAGAUGAGGAUGUUCCUGGCUCCUUUGUGUUUGAUGAAAAGCAGACAAGAAAUGAGUGUGGAGAUGAAUGCAGACAGACUGCCCACACACCUGAGAGUUCCUGUUCUCCCAAUUCUUCUCCAGUAUGGAAACGCAGAAGAAGAAACAAUUCUGACUCCUCUGUGGUUUCAGAGAGCAAAAACCAUUAUCUGCAGAUGUACCACACACUGGAAAGCCUUACUGACUCAGGACAUCAGGACGGUUUUUCAAAGUGCUCAGAGUGGGAAGCCUUUGGUGAAAAAGAUGAAGUAAUGACAGUACAACAAAGUAUAGAAAUAACAAGUGACUCGAUUCCACCCAGUUGUUCUUCAGGAUGGAACAAUCCAAAACAGAAGAAAUCCAGCUUCUUUCUGCCUGACAGCAAGACUUGCAGAGAUACAGACCUCAGGCUGGAGAGGCUUAAACUUUGUAGUAGUUUAUUAGAUAGACAUCAGUCAGAAUACCCUGACAGAGGAUGGGAAAAUGCAAAUUCUGAAGAUACAGUACUGAGGAAAAAAAUCUAAAUACCAAGUCUCUCUUUGUAUAUAGAAGUAUUGAAGAAGCAAUUUCUCCUGUGACAGAAAAAGACUUGAAGAAUAGGGAUGUAGUUUGAGAUCAGCAGAUCAAGUCUUGGAAAACUGGUGCUGUCAUGUAGGAUCUGCACAGAGAGAGGAAGAGAUUUGCAGUCAGCAUACGUGCAAUCAACAGAAGGUGAAAUUAUUCAGGUUUCUCCAGAUCUUUAUAAGGAUAGAUUGUUUUCUGCAAGCUGUGCCUCAAGUGUAAAACUCCAGAUUUCGUGAAGUCUGUGCUGCAAUGACAAUGGAUGUUCCUUAAAGCUUUUGUGAGGACGUUUCUGCUGUGCCUGCAUUGGCAGGUGACAUGUGCAUUAUUUUUCAAAGGCUGCUUCAGGUGAUGGAUCCUGCCAUUCCCUCUGGAGGUCUUGUUCCUCGGGGUGUGCUGAUGUUUUACCAGUGAAUUGGUCCAGUGUCAAGUCAGACUGAAAUCCAAGCCCUCCAACCAAGGAACCUCCUCUGCUCCACUGGACCAGAAUGGGACAUCCAGCCUGAAGAACUGCUUCAAAAGAAUGUAGAUAAUUUCAGCCUUCCUCCUGUCAUUAAAGCCUUCAGCCUGUCAUUAAAGACAAGCUGUUCAUAACUUUUGGAUUGGGUGAUCACCCAUUUGGCCUAUUUAUUGUUCUCUGAGAUGUAUUAAGGUGGCAUUUGUGUAAGCCAGGUGAGAGAAGAGAAAGGUAUAUUGUUUAUCAAAACCCCUUUUCUUGAAGGGGUUGUGUUAGAACAGAAGCACAGCUUAAAUACCUGGAUUUUGCUUUUAUGUGUGUUGCAGCCUGACCCAAAGAGCCAGUCUACAGUUAAAGAGUAGGAGAGGAUGCAUUCAGUGCCUCUUGUUCCUACAACUAUUGGGGAUGAAUAGCAGUAUUUGCAGGUGUGGAACUGCUCUUGUCCAGGCUAAGGGUUGUGAUGGUGUUAGGACAGGCUCUCUCCUUUUUUUUAUUCUGCUAGCACUGUGUGCAGAAGUUUGAAGUGAGAGCUGUGGCUACAGUGUUUGGACUAAAUUCACGUGCCAGUUACAAGACUUCUACAAUUCUUGUGUAGCAUGUACUGGGAUACCAGUGGCUGCCAGAGCUGGGAGUUGUUCCUGCUGGAGUUUGGUUUUACUUUCCCUUGCUAUGGGGCUGGCAGUACCCAGGGCCAAGAGCCCAUUGUGCUGCUGAUUUUGAAGUAAGCUGCUUCCUCAAAAACUACUCUCCCUCCCAAAAUGUUAUUUCCAGGCAUGCUCAGGCAUUUUUCCCUACACAAGGGUGUAUCAGUCACACACCACAGAGCACGGAGCAUUAUGUGUACAAGGGACACAUCUGUACAGCACUUUUCCAAGAGGUAAUACUUAGAACCUUGUUGUUCCAAUGUGCAUGUUUCCUUGUGAUUUAUGAUGCUUGUAAAUAAAGGGAAUGUGUUAUAUUUUUGGCAAUUUGCCUUUAUGCAGAAGAAUUAAAGACUUGAACUUCAAAAAUC